ACGCGCAUGCGUCUCACUUUACUCCUCAGCCUUUGAAAACUCAGAGAGCUCAAUUAAAAGACCAUGUCCGCCAUCGGGCGUCUACAGUCCUCGGUGUCCUUAUUUAAACCAAAUUCUCCAUGAAAUAGCAUUACCCCGUGGCCUCCACAAUGGCCAGUUCGGGUGCCGUUCAGGUGAAACUGGAACUCGGUCAUCGCGCCCAGGUCCGAAAGAAACCCACCGUGGAAGGUUUUACGCACGACUGGAUGGUGUUUGUCCGCGGACCGGAGCACAGCAACAUUCAGCAUUUUGUGGAGAAAGUCGUAUUUCAUCUACACGAAAGUUUCCCGAGACCAAAAAGAGUGUGCAAGGAUCCACCAUAUAAAGUUGAAGAGUCUGGAUACGCUGGGUUUAUCUUGCCUAUUGAAGUUUACUUUAAAAAUAAGGAAGAACCGAAAAAAGUGCGCUUUGACUACGAUUUGUUCCUGCACUUGGAGGGUCACCCACCUGUCAAUCAUCUCCGCUGUGAAAAGCUCACCUUCAACAACCCUACUGAAGAGUUCCGCAGGAAGCUGCUCAAGGCUGGAGGGCAACGGGACCCUCACAAAAGAUCUUCAGAGGACUCUAAAGUAAUGGUAAUGCAGGAGGGCUCUACUUCUCUGUUCGGGCAGCAUCUAAAGCUGCCCACAUUACCCAGCAGCUCAUUAACAUUGACUUUCUCUGAUGUGAAAAAGAGCAAGUCUUUCCCAGGGUCAAAGGACGGGUCCAAAAGCAGCAGUGCUCUUACAACCACAAACAACAUCAGCAGCAGCUCCCUCAAGCUCCACAAACCAUCUAAGGACCACAAGGACAAGCCUUCCAAAGACUCAAAAGAGUCCAAAAGUGCCUUCAGAGAUUUCAGCAAGGAAUCUGGAAAACUCUCUAAAGAUUCUAAAAAACCCAAAGAGAAUCAACCAAUUCAGGAAGAUCGGCCUGUUCCCCAAAUGGGAUUCAAGGAGCCCAAGACUAUGUCGAAAGAGCAACGGUCAUCGGAGGGUAGCUUCUCAAGCUUGGGACAGAGUAAACGGCGGCCUGUGUUGGACAGUGAAGGCCAGGUUACCAAAAAGACGAAAAGCAGUUUUUCAGAGAGCUCGCAAAAGCAGCAAGCGUGUCCUACUUUGCUACAGCACCACCAUUCGGAUAAAAAGGUUUUGAAAGACAAGCCGCAAAUCCGGCCUAGUAGGUUACAAAACACUGAACUUUCGGAGAAGAGAAAACCGUCAGCGUUACCGCCCUUCCAGGAUGUGUUGGAUCCGAAUGACUCGGACAUGGACGACAACACGUUCACGAGAUCAGAUUCGGAUCAGCCAAGUCCGGCCAGCUCCAGUUCCAGUUCGAGCUCCGGCUUUGGACGCGCACACAAGCGGCAAGUGUUGGGCCCUUUGCGGUCGGUGAUCCCAGAUUUGCACUCAGAUGAAAACGAAGAAGAUUCUGAAGAGGAGGACGAUAAUGACAUGGACUCAGACAUGGAGCGACCGUUACACACGCAAAUGACACAUCGCCACCGCAGGGUGAGUCUAAGUGACGGCAGUGACAGUGAAAAUAGCUCUGCCUCUUCACCACUGCCUCAUAAUGACCCCCAACCUCUACUGAAAACCGCCAAUAACCAGAUACACGAAGUGAAGAGUCCUAAGAAACAAGCAAAGAUGGACAAAAAUAAAAACAUUGAUUGUGACAAGGCAUACUUGGAUGAGCUGGUUGAGCUUCACAGAAGACUAAUGACACUAAGGGAAAGGCACAUAUUACAGCAGAUUGUGAACCUCAUUGAGGAAACGGGACACUUUCACAUCACAAACACAACUUUUGACUUUGACCUCUGCUCUCUGGACAAAACCACAGUUCGAAAGCUGCAAAGCUACCUGGACACUUCUGGAUCGUCUUGAAGACUUGUGCAGCUGGCUGCAACGAGGAGGAAAAUCACACCUCCCUUUUGCCCUCCUGUUGUUUUUUCUCCUAUAUUGAAACUUGUAAGGCAAUGGAAAGGAUCCGCUUUCAUUCCCGAGCUCUUCUUGGCUCUCGAAAGGCCUCAGAAAUUGACAGCGUUAUUACACGAGUCUGGAGUUUCUUACUCUCCACCUGGUCUUCACCUAAAAAGCCUUGAUAAUCCGACAUUGCCAAAAAAUGUUCUUGUUCCAAAACAAAAAACAUUUGUGUAUAUUGUAUGAAUGUUUGAUAAGUUCUUUGUGACGAAUGCAUGUUUCAACACUGCCUUACCACAUUGUCUAUUUAUUGAGUACGAGUUUCAAGUGUGUGUGUGUGUAAGUGCAAAUGAUAUUAAACUCGUGCAAGCACUUGGGAACGUCAUCUCAUCGGCAAUGAAACAUCUCCUAACUGUUUUUAUGAAUCAUAAGCAAUGUUUUUUCAUGCUGUACAUUGUAUAAAAUGAACGGUUUCAGAUUAUGCUGGACGGAGGAAGACUUUAAGCCCUAUUAAUGAAUGAAUUGCACAUUAUCUGCAAACUGUUUCUAAAAUGUUGCCCUGUUAAAUAAUUAAUAAUAUUAUAAUGGUUUUCAGUGUACCAUUCGAAAGAAGUCAGGACCUUAAGCAAAUCCAGUGACCUCUAUCCCAAAUGUUUCUUAAAGUUGUUUCAGUAGGAAAGUGUAUUGUUGAAUCUUCUAAUGCUAUUUAUUGUUUUUGGGGACCACAGUUCCCAAGGCUGUUCAUUGGUUGUCCCCAAACCAGUGGGAAAAAGCCAGGUCUUAAUUGUAGUUUGGGAGUUCUUUGUUAAACUGAGGAAAUCAGGAAGAAAUCGAAGUUUACUUUUCAGUUCCAUUGUUUUUUGUUUUUAAUCAGAUUAGUUGAUAAAGGCCGAUAUGAGCAGAUUGUGCAGUUGAGCUGUAGCUCUCAAGCUCUGCUUUGUGCAAAAGCAAAAUCGUUCACUUUUCAUUACCUUGUAAUGUUGAAUCAGAUGAGCCAGCCAGAAAUAUAGAUACUUUGGGAGAUGCGGUGAUGGUGAUGGUGGUGGGGUUGAGAACAGUUCAGACUGAAUAAUUGGCGCUGUGUGAAGUGUUUGAAUUUAUCAGAGAAUUUUUCUUUCUUUUUUCUUUUUAUUGUUUUGGUGAAUGAAAAUCAUGCCUUGUACACUUUAUUACUGUUUAUUUCCCAGAUUCAUUUUCUCAGCCCAAAGAGCUUUUAGUUUAGUUAUCAUUAUAUAAUGUUUAUAUGUGUAUAUAAACUUUAUAUGUGAUAAAAAAAGUGAUUGAUUAUCUUUCCUUUCUUGGAAGGUGCUGACCUGCUUCAAGUUGAAAGUUCUUGAUCAUAAUAUAAAUUCAAAACAGA